AUUCAUUCCGAGCUUCCUUUUCUUUCUGUCGUUUAUGGAUAUACACGGGCGGUCAUCGUUGAAGAUUUCCGUAUAAAUUAUUAAAUGAAGGUGCUAUAGACGUUGAUUUUAUGAAAAAGCCGUAGGUUAUAAAAUUAUAAAUAAUGAUCUUACUCGAGAUCAAUAAUAGAAUUAUAGAAGAAACGCUAACUGUGAAAUAUAAAAAUGCACUGGCGCGUUUAAAGCCUGAGUCCAUUGAUGUUACGGUUGCAGACUUUGAUGGAGUUCUCUUUCAUAUAUCAAAUGUCAAUGGAGAUAAAACCAAAGUUAGAGUUAGUAUAUCACUGAAGUUCUACAAGCAAUUAGAAGAGCAUGGAGCAGAUGAGCUCCUUAAGAGGGUAUAUGGAGAACUCCUCACUGAAACAGAGUCUGGUUACAAUGUCUCCCUGCUGCUCGACCUGGAGAGCAUCCCGGAGGACUGGGAGGAGGUGGUGAAGAAGGCGGGCCUGCUCAAGAGGAACUGCUUCGCGUCCGUGUUCGAGCGCUACUUCCGCCUGCAGGAGGACGGCGACGUCGGCCACAAGCGCGCCGUCAUCAACUACAGACAGGACGAGACUCUAUAUGUCGAAGCACAAGAAGACCGUGUAACAGUGGUGUUCUCAACGGUCUUCAGACACGAAGAUGAUAUGGUCAUUGGAAAAGUUUUCAUGCAAGAGCUGAAAGAAGGCAGAAGAGCAUCCCACACAGCUCCUCAGGUUCUGUUUUCACACAAAGAACCGCCAUUAGAACUCAUGGACACGGAUGCUAAAGUAGGAGAAAAUAUCAGUUACGUUACUUUUGUACUAUUCCCGCGACACACGUGCGCUUCGGCGCGCGCGAACACCAUCGACCUGCUGCACAUGUUCCGCGACUACCUGCACUACCACAUCAAGUGCUCCAAGGUGUACGUGCACUCCCGCAUGCGCGCCAAGGCCGGCGACCUGCUCAAGGUGCUCAACCGCGCGCGACCGCAGCCCGCCCGCCCUGCCGAGCGCAAGACCAUCACGGGGAGAACGUUUGUCAGGCGAGAUUGAGUGUUGCGAGCCGGCGGGACGUAGGGCCGGCGCGAGCUGUGGUCUCGUCGGCGCCGCCACGCGCCGCUGCCCUCGCUCGGUCACAAAGUACUUAUCGUCCCGCCGCCCGCGGGCGACUCGUGCGCAUCCUAGUAUAAAUAUUUAUUGUCAACUCUUGAGCGUAGCGUAAAGUCGAUAAAUAAUGUUGCCGUAGUACUUGUUGAUGACGAGAUCAUGCUUUAUCACGAUGAGAGUUCUAUUUGUAGCUCGCGACCGGUUCCCGUGUCGGCGGCCGCCGGGCCGGAGUCCAUCGAGACCGAACUUUCCUUUAGCUUACGUAAUUUUGUUGUGUAAGUUACGCGAUUACCGAUCCUCAUGUAGGGUAAAUGUAUUAUAAAAUAUAGCCUAUACUUAUUGUUUUGGUUUACGAAGUUGUAAAAAUGUAUAUCUCGGGAUUAUCAAGACAGGUAUGAUGCACAAACUUGUACGAAUUAUCGAUGACUAAUAUUAAACACCGCUCCUCCGUUUAGUUUCAUAAUGUUAUGAUAUGCAAUAUACGAACAAUAAUUUUAAUAAAAUUAAUUUUCAGUUUUAGGUAGGUCCGAUUCAAUUAUAAUAAUGUGUAAGUGAAAGUGUAUAGUAUUUCUCAAUGGUUUGUUCCAUAGUCAGGAGGGGACAUGCAAUGGCCUUAUUGUCGAGGGGGCCGCGCGUCGCUAGACCCGCUAGUGUAGCCGCGGUACACUUUGUAAUAUCUAACUUAAGUGCAAUUUGAUUACACACCUUUUUAUUCCGACUUGCAUUUAAUUUUAAAUUAAAUAAAUUUUAGUAAACCAUGAUUUGCAUAUUACAUAUUUUAUUGUGUGUAGUUAGUGACAUCCCAAAUUAAACAUUGAGACGUGUAUCGGCAUGCAUUUGUGUUCCGUAAUUUUAACUAAAUAAAUUGCUCAAUGUUUUCGAACACCAAGGGCUGGAAUAUCGUAUCAAAGUAAAUCUAGAUGGUAAUCAAGUUUCAGUGUACCUCAAGUGUUUGCCAGGAGUAGCGUGAAGUGUGUGCAGUCGGGACUGCGGACUGAGUGAUUGUUGAGACGUUCUCGCCCACCCGAGGGAAUUUAUGAAAUUUGAAUGUAUUCGCUAAGUCAUAAACUAAAGAAGACAUACUAUUGUAACAUGACAGUAUAAAAAUAACAUACGGGAUGUUUGGUAAGAAUGAA